AUGGCCCCUCCUACUCCCACCUCUAACCCUUUCGCCGCCAUGAGGAACUUUGGUGGUAUGGUGUCGUCUGCUCUUUCCUUCGGCGACAGAUCUCGCCAAGUCUCCUCCCUCGGCCUCGGCACCCUCUCUUUGGGGGAGCCGUCUGGCGAUGUCCCGCCUCCUCGCUCCGCUUCUCCUCCCGCCGGUCCUCCCGCUGGUUCUCCCUCUGCUUCUCCUCCUCCUGGUUCUCGCUCUGCUUCCCCUCCUGCCGCCAGCCCUCGCCGCAGGACGCCCGCCUUUCGUCCUGACUUCGAAGGAAAAGGGGGUGAUUAUAGUGAUGAGGAUGAUAGAAUCGUGUCGGAGGGUGAAACCGAGUUAGAGGAACACUCGGAUGAUGAUAUGGUGGCGGUUAGUGUAGAGGACAACAACGUAGAUAGUCCUGAGCCCGCUCCUGCCCCUCCCCCUGCUCAAAUUGUGGGCCAGAAACGACGCCGUUCCCUCUCCUCUUCUUCUUCUUCCUCUUCUUCUUCUUCCUCUUCUUCUUCCUCUUCCGGGGUUCUCCCCCCCCCCAACGCCAUCGCCGCUGCCGCCGCUGCUGCCGACGCCCGCCCUGCCGCCGCCAUCGCUCCUGCUGCCGCCGCCGGUCCUGCUGCCGCCGCCCCCGUCGCUGCUCCCCCCCCUUCUCCCAGAGGGGAGCCUUCGCCCAAACGGGUGAAGAGAUCACUGCGGGAAGAAGAGUACUUGUGGGAGAAGAUGAAGUCCGAGCCUGGUCGUUGGAUCGCAGUUGGUGUUGACGAAGCGUGUGAUCGUUGCCGACGUGAGAUUAUCACGUAUAAUCGUCCAAACUGGCCCUGCCUCAAGGCAGUCAGGCCACACAACAAGGCCCUCCGUUGUGCUUCAUGCACGUCUGGCCCCUGCUCCUUCUGUCCCGUUUCCUCUGCCCGGGACAUCCCGCCCCGUCCCUCCGACUCUUCGCCCUUCCCCCCUCCUCAGACUCCAGCGUCUGUCCCCCGCUCGCGGGUACCUCCUUCGUCUCUCCGGUCGGUUCGCCGUACUUCGCCGGACCUCCGCCCGUCGCCUCCGUCGCCGUCGCCCUUCGCUCCUGUGGCCGGCCCAUCACGUCUCCCGGCUGUUCCUCCUUCGUCUUCUCGCCGUCCUUCGGCCUCUGCUCCUUCGGUCUCCCGUCCUUCGGCCUCUCGUUCUUCGGCCUCUCGUCCUUCGGCGCCACGUCCGUCCUCUCCAGUGGUAGCUUCUCCCCCGGCUCACAGCACCCGUAGUCGGCGUCCUUCUGUUCCUCCGGCCACUUCGGCGGCCCCUCCCGUCACCCCUCCCUCUGCUCCCCAGAAGACACCGAAGUCUUCUUUAAAGAAAUCAAAAGGGAAAUCUAAAGAGAAGGAGGUUGCCUUCAAUGAUGGUGAUGUGGAAGGUGAAGAUACUCAGCGUGCUGGUCCCUCUGCUCCCCGGUUGUCCCUCGUCCACCCUCGUAUCUCCCUGGACGUCCGUAUUCCUGAGGACGAAAAGGAAUUCGCCACUUAUCGUUCUCUCGUCCUCGGUCUCACUACUCAGCUUGAGGCUGCCCGAAAUGAUACAUCUCUCCUGCUUGACUUCUCUUCUCGUCAAGCUAACGCUUUAAACAAUCUUACUGCGGCGUUAGUAGAUGUAGUCAACACUGGGGCUCUGGACGACGAAGCAAGGACAAGGUUAGCGGACGUCUCUCGCCGAAGCCUUACUGAGAUAGCCGAUGUUCGCCGAAGACUGUUCGACACCCCCUUCCUAGUCACUCCUAUGGUGUAUGAGCCACCACCGUCCCUUGACUGGUUAGGUCGCCGUAGUAGUUCUCGUGUCCCAGCUUCCGCCCAGACUGCUCUAGACCUCCUCAGUCUUCCCUUCGAGUGUCUACGGACCAUACGUUCUCUGUGGAGGACUCCGAGCAUGCAAGCUGCUCGAGAUGUCCAGGACUUCGGUGACUUCUUUGGGGCUAUGAAUCGGGCAUGGAAUGCUUCUCUCUCUACUGCGUUCCCGUCUGAGACUCUCGAUCUACCUUCGGUCAUCGGUAGCCUCCACACUAAUCCCGCGGGACCGAGUAGAUCGAAGGAGAAAGGAAAAGGAAAAGGUAAGGGUAAGAGUAAGGACAAGUGA